AUGGCUGCACCGAAGUUGGCUAGAAUUGGAGGGAGCAAAGUUCGCAGUGGCUGUGUUACGUGCAAGGCUCGUCACCUGAAGUGCGACGAAGAGCGUCCCAGUUGCCAGAGAUGCAUCCGAAGCAAGAGAGAAUGCAAGGGAUAUGUCGACCAAGCGAAGAUCACCAAGCCGCGCAGGAAGGGCCAGGCUUUUGUUGUUUAUGUCCCGGACCCCCUCUUCACGAUGACUUCCCUUCCGGACAUGGACUGGAGAGAAAAGAGAUCGUUCAACUUUUUUCGGAAUCGAACCGCUGGUGAAUUGGCAGGAUACUUCCGUCCUGAGUUGUGGUCUCGAUUUGUACUGACCACGGCGCAUCAUGAGGACGCCAUCAAGCACGCGGUCAUAUCUAUUGGUGGUCUACAUGAACUGUUCCUGUGCCAUCCACCACCCUCGGACUCCACUCUGCUUGCAUUUGCCAUGCAGCACUACGGCAGAGCGAUGCAACAUGUGGUCAAGCUUGAUACAAGCAAAUCUGCACGGGCAGUUGAUGUUGCAUUGACCGUGUCAGUCCUCUUCGCCUGCAUUGAGAUUCUUCGAACACACUUUGCCUCUUCGCUGAGUCACAUAUACUCAGGCAUGAGAAUAUUAGCAGAGCUUGCCCGUCGUUCUGAGAAUACCCCAGAACAUUACCUGCCGAGGCAUCUCUUGGUCCAAAUGUACCUAAGACUAGACACCCAGGUCAUGGAGUUUGGGAGGGAUGGAUUCCAAGCUCCUCCUGCCUUUGCGAUAACCUCUGUCACUCCAGUCCCCGCCACUUUCACCGAUGUGGACGACGCUCGGUCGGCCUUCGAAAUGUAUCGCUAUCAGAUAUCGCACUUGACACGCAAUGUCCAAGCGGCGAAAAUGGAGUGUGAUUCACCCACCUUGUAUUUUCAGAGCCUUGAGGAAAGAUAUCAGCUCCUUCGACAGCACUUCAACGACUGGGGAGUCGCCUUUCAGCGCAUGCUACAACGGAAACGAAGCCACGACCUUGCCGCACUAACCCUCAAAGCCUCGAGCAUUGCUCUUGACAUCACUUUAAGUUCAUGCAUGGAAUGCAAUGAGACGGUCUUUGACCUAUGCACGGAGAAAUUCAGGGAGUUACUCGCUACUUCAGAGGAGAUCGUGCAAAGAAUGCUGCAAGACUCUAGACCGAGAAGGUCAUCUAAACGUCUUGAAACCGGCUGCCAAGAUGACUCUCACAGUCGUUCUGAGCCUGCCAUUUCCAUGAACCUUGGGAUUGUUCCGCAUCUCUACAUGGCAGCAACGAGGUGCCGGGAACCAGAGCUUCGACACAGGUCUUUGUUCUUGCUGAAGACGAUCAAACGACGAGAAGGGAUCUGUGACAGUGACAUGUUGGCAGCAUUCGUGGAAAGACUGGCCGUAGAGAAAGAUGGAGCUCAAAGACGAAUACAAGUUGUGCACAGCAGGACCAAGAGGCAGAGUGAGCUUUCCUUGUCGACACAAAUCCCGGAGAGUAUGGGAAUCUCCAAUACUCAACACCAGCCGCCAGAUCUUGACACCAUGUGA